AAAGAAAGAAAAAGAGCUUAGUGAUAUUUGUUUGUCGACUUUCCUCCUGAGACUUCAACCUCUGAUUGGAAACCUAUUGGCCUAAAUUACGUAUCUAUCGCUUUAUUUACUUAUGUAUUUAAUUAUUUCGUUAUUUCGAAUAACAGACCUUUUUUUACGCUUCCGUAGUCUUUGACUGCUGUAAAGAUCUUAUUGGUUCGGGUUACCAUAAUGUCUGUUACAGUUUAUUUAGUCAUCUUUUAUCUUUAAUCUAUAUUAAAUCUCUUUGCCUGACACGAGGAGGCUUUUCUCAGCCCUGUUUGACAUUUUUGUGACAGUUGUGUUAUUUUGACCACAAAAUAUGCGAACCUGUCCCGGAAGUUAUUUGUACUCGCGCCACGUCAGAGCAGCGCCAUUGUGAUCUUCUACAUCACUGUAAAGGGGAGCCUCUACAGUUUUUUACGCUUCAUUUCUACUUUCAUCAUGUUCUACCUGGGACUGUGCUGCUUGCUGCUGCCUGUUUGCUUGGUGUUUGGGACAGAGCUCACAUUUGAACUCCCUGACAACGAAAAGCAAUGUUUCUACGAGGAACUGGAGAAAGACGUGAAGUUUGACAUAGACUUCCAAGUCAUUGCAGGAGGCAACUAUGAUGUGGACUGCUUUGUCACUGAUCCCCAAAACAAUGUCCUGUAUAAUGAGAGGAAGAAGCAGUAUGACAGCUUCUCUCACACCACAGCGAUGAGAGGAAUCUACAAGGUCUGCUUCAGCAAUGAGUUCUCCACUUUUACACAUAAAAUAGUGUACUUGGACUUCCGUCAUGGUGAUGAGGAACCUCUUCUACAUAGUAUGACCGGGAGUACAGCACUGACUCAAUUGGAGUCAUCCUGCGUUGCCAUUCAUGAGGUCUUGAAGGUGGUAGCGGAAUCGCAGACAUGGUACAGGCUAAGAGAAGCCCAUGACCGCAUGAAAGCAGAGCACCUCUUCCAGCGGGUGACCUACUGGUCCAUCGGAGAGACCGUCCUGCUGUUCGUCAUCGGUAUUGGUCAAGUUAUGCUGCUAAAGAGCUUCUUCAGUGAGAAGAAAGGCUCUGUGAUGGCCACACAUGAGACCAGGAAGUGUCUUGCUCAGUUUGAGCCGGUCUUUUUAGCCAAUCAGAUCGAAGCGCCUUGUGUUUACGCUGACGUGUUGGAAUUUACCCUCGCCUACAUCCGACCGACGUCACUACUUUACAGGGCUUUACUUCAUUCAUACAGAAAGAGUGUAGUUCCAGUGGUUCGUGAUAUCAGUCAAUCCCCUGAAAACAUGGCGGGCUACCUGAAAGCUCUGACAACAGCGUCGAGGAGCGCGGCUGCUGCGCUGUCGCAAAACAACCCCGCAGUGUUUUCACCCGCCGCGCUCUGCCUUCACAGACUGCACCACAGGAACUAUGCAACUAAUCGUAUUAAGGUGGACCAGCCAGUGGUUGAGAUGGAUGGAGAUGAGAUGACUCGCAUUAUAUGGGAGUUCAUCAAAGAGAAGCUCAUCCUUACCAAUGUGGAUGUAGAGCUCAAGUAUUUUGACCUGGGUCUGCCCUAUCGAGAUCUGACAGACGAUCAGGUCACUAUCGACUCUGCUCUGGCAACCAAGAAAUACAAUGUGGCCGUUAAGUGUGCCACUAUCACCCCCGAUGAGGACAGAGUUGAGGAGUUUAAACUAAAGAAGAUGUGGAAGAGUCCCAAUGGAACCAUCAGGAAUAUCUUGGGUGGCACAGUUUUCCGUGAGCCCAUUCUAUGCAAAAACAUUCCCCGCCUUGUUCCUGGUUGGACACAACCCAUAACCAUUGGCAGACAUGCAUUUGGUGAUCAGUAUAGGGCCACAGACUUUGUUGUUGACAAGCCCGGCACGUUUAAGAUUGUGUUUUCCCCAGCUGAUGGAAGCAAGCCGGCGGAGUGGGAGGUGUACAACUUUCCUGCAGGGGGCUGUGGGAUGGGAAUGUACAACACUGAUGAGUCCAUCAGUGGUUUUGCUCACAGCUGCUUCCAGUAUGCCAUCCAGAAGAAGUGGCCACUGUACAUGAGCACCAAGAACACCAUCCUCAAGUCCUAUGAUGGCCGCUUCAAAGACAUCUUCCAGGACAUCUUUGAAAAAACGUAUAAGCCAGAGUUUGAUAAGCUGAAGAUCUGGUAUGAGCACCGGCUCAUCGACGACAUGGUGGCUCAAGUCCUGAAGUCCUCUGGAGGAUUUGUUUGGGCCUGCAAGAAUUAUGAUGGAGAUGUGCAGUCCGACAUUCUGGCUCAGGGUUUUGGCUCUCUCGGUCUCAUGACAUCUGUCCUGGUGUGUCCAGAUGGUAAGACUAUUGAAGCUGAGGCUGCUCAUGGCACUGUCACAAGGCACUACCGUGAACACCAGAGGGGAAAACCAACCAGCACCAAUCCCAUUGCCAGCAUCUUUGCAUGGACCAGGGGACUGGAACACAGAGGGAAGCUGGAUGGAAAUCCUGAUUUAAUAAAGUUCACCCAGACAUUAGAAAAAGUCUGUGUGGAAACUGUGGAAAAUGGUAUAAUGACCAAAGACCUUGCAGGCUGCAUCCAUGGCUUGGCCAACUGUAAGCUGAAUGAACACUUUGUCAACACAUCAGACUUCCUGGAUACCAUCAAGACCAACCUGGACAAAGCUCUGGGCAAAUGAAGAACAAUCAGAAAGCACACUUACAGUGUAAAAUCCUGUUUAAGAUAUUUUUUGUCUGUUUUUACUAGGGAUGUGCACGGCUAAUCAAUUUAGUUGAAAUGGGGCAAAAGUUGGCAGCUUUUAAAAAAAGUCGACUGUUUUUAUUUGGAUGAGAGUCUCAACAUGCAGACAUAGUGCUGUUGACAGCGCUGUGGUAAAAGAACGGUGUGACCCUGUAAUGUCGAGCUAGCAAAGGGGAGAGAGACACACGCACAGGUCUGAGUCAAAGUGGGCGGUGGAGCAGAGAAAGUUAGCUGUUUUCUCCAACAGUAAACACCACAAAGCUGUUCUAGUUACAGCAGAGUCCCGUGUCUGCUUUACCGCCACUGGGUAAACUGCAGGGAGUUCACUCCGAAGCUAGCUUUUAGUGAUGUGUGAUACCACUGAUUGUCUUUCCGAUCCAAUACAAAGUAAAAUUCAAAACUUAAUGUGAUUGGAAAAUCACUCUCAAAGCUACACUAAAGAGAAUGAGAACGAUUGAAGUUAUGUUUUUCAGCCAUAUUUUUAUCUUUUAAAACCCCACAAUAACUUCUGUGGGUUGAUCUUAGGAACACAACCGAAAUCAUACAGCCAUUUAUUGCAGCAUUUUCUUAUGUCAUAAAUGUACAUAACAAAAGAGGAUGCCGCAGUCUUAAGAAUGAGUGGGAUUUCUGUUGUUUAAACAUCAACACUAAAACCUAAAUCUAGCAGACAGAUGAAAACCACUUUCCCUAAAUUCAGCAUCAGUGCUACACAGCUCCAACCUUUCUCCAUCUGAAGUGGUUAGUACCUGCCUGCAGCAUCCAAGAGUGACAUCUGUCUCACCCUUGCAGCACCUGCCUACCUUCUCAGCAUAAUUUCAGCAUAUUCUGUUAUGAUUGACCAUCAGCUGUUUAAGGUUUGUGGUGUCACUACAAAACAUCCAUGUCGUCCCAAACACACUAUAAGUCGCCGAUGCUGUUCAGCUCCAAACAUAACUGCAAUGGACUGAGUGAGUGAGCUGUGUGUUGCUGUGCAUUAUUU